AUGAGCCGAUUUCAAACGGGCGGCGAAAAUGGCGCGCGUCACGAGUCCAUGGAAAAAGUUCUGUCGGGCAACCACUAUCGCGCGCUGCAGGGCUCCGACCAACCGCGGCAGGAGCUCGGCCUGCGGGGCGGCCCACCGAUGCAGGCGCGGCUGCUGGUCCAGUUCAGGGACGGCACCACGCGCGAGUGGGACUCGCUGCCGCAAAUGGACCAAGUCGUGGAGGCGCUGCUCAGCGUGAUGGGGCCGUUGGACGCCCAACACCGCAGCAGCGGCUCCCUCCGCAUCACUGAGCUCGACCGCGUGGCCGUCGACGUCGCCGCCGCCCCCCGGCACGUCGCCGCGUGGGACGAACCCGAGGCGCACGCGCCGGUGUCGUUUUUCUGGAUCGACCUCGCGGGGACGCCGGACCCGCACGACUUCUCGGUGCUCUUCUCCCUGCUGAAGGUGCACGCCCGCACGCAGCGGCAGUGGCUGGCGGAGGCGGCGGGGUGGGCGGGGUCGUCGGAGGCCUGCGUCGUGAGCACCCCCAGCAGCCACUGCGAGGGCGAGACGGAGUUCUCGCUGGGGUCGAACGAGGGCCGCCAGCAGCGGGAGCCGGACGAGCUGCACGUGUUCGCGGAGGAGCGGUACGUCCAGAUGCAGCUUGCCGUCAUCUCUGCCACCCACCCCGGCGGCACGAAGACCUCAAGCAACCCCGCCUACGCGGACUCCGACGGAAGCGCCGCGGCGCAGCAGCCGGACCGCCUGCACGCAAACCUCUUUGACGUGGACGAGGAAGACGACCUCGGCUGCGUGCGGCUGCUCUGCUUCGCGGACGGCGUUGUCGACUGGCGCCCGGCGGCGGAGGUGGAGGGGUGGGGGUACGUCACCCGGGGCGUUGCGCGGCUGCUUGCCGACCCCGCCCCCGCCCAGCGCAUGCUCACCACCUCGCAGCUGCUUCACAUCAUCCUCGACGAACUCUGCGAGGCGUUCCUGCCGGACCCCACGCUGGUGCUCAACGAGGUGGACGCCAUCGAUUCGAUGAUGCCGCUGGUGCGCCAGAAGGAGUCGGAGCAGGCGGAUGUGCUGCGCCGUGCGCUGCGGCUGCGGCGCUGCCUCUCCGUCCACCGCCGGCUGCUGCUGAGUAAGGUAAACCUCCUGGAGCAGCUGGGGCGCCCGGUCAUGCGCACGCUGCUCGCGUUCAUCACCGCGGACGCGGUGAACACCGGCGGCGUCGUGCACCGACCGAACUUCUUUGACGCCAACCCCGCCGGCAGGUCCGCCGCGGUGGCGGACCCGCAGAGCCUCGCCCACACCGCCAUUAUUCGCCGCAUUCUGCACCUCCUGCGGCAGCUCGACGGCGCCCGCACAAUCCUCGGCAACACCACGCUCAUCUACACCUCCUCGGUGACGAUGCUGAACAACAGCAUCAGUACGGAGGCCGACUACCGCAUGGUGGUGCUGCACUACGUCACGCUGGUGUUCCUCCCGCUCACCGUCGUCGCCUCGCACUGGGGGAUGAACUGCGACGUCCCAUGGAAAAACCUCGACUCCACGACGCCGUUCUGGUCGAUUGUGGGCGCCUCCGCCGCGUACGCCGCGCUGCACCUCUGGUACCCCAUCUUCUGCAUUUUCACUGGCAGGACGGACAAGCUCGUCUAG